GACACACACAUCACGCCCUGAGGUGUUACCAUGGUGAUGUGACGGGAUGGAUGAAAGGGGGAUGAAAGCUUUGAUGCGACUCCGAGGAUUUCAGUCUGAAUCCAAAUGAAGCUGUGUGUGUGUGUGUGUGUGUGUGUGUGUGUGUGUGUGUGUGUGUGUGUUUCACAGACUGAAUCUGUGGCUCUGGUCCAAACCUCCAUUAAACACGAGCGGCUGCACAUGACAACAAAAUGGACGCCAGCGAGAGGAAACACAGCUGAAAACCAAAGAACCAGCUCUGUAGACCUGGACUCUGUAGACCUGGACUCAGUAGACCUGGACUCAGUAGACCUGGACUCUGUAGACCUGGACUCUGUAGACCUGGACUCUGUAGACCUGGACUCUGUAGACCUGGACUCUGUAGACCUGGACUCUGUAGACCUGGACUGUGUAGACCUGGACUCUGUAGACCUGGACUCUGUAGACCUGGACUCAGUAGACCUGGACUCUGUAGACCUGGACUCUGUAGACCUGGACUCUGUAAACCUGGACUCUGUAGACCUGGACUCUGUAAACCUGGACUCUGUAGACCUGGACUCUGUAGACCUGGACUAUGUAGACCUGGACUGUGUAGACCUGGACUCUGUAGACCUGGACUGUGUAGACCUGGACUGUGUAGACCUGGUCUGUGUAGACCUGGACUGUGUUCUCUGUGUUCUACUUGAGGGGGCGCAGACAGUUCUGGAUCUGGGUCAGCUGAUGCUCUGCAGUUGUUGAUGUUCUGUCUCGUUGUUAUUCUCAGAGGGAACCGACUCGCUCUGUGCCAACCCUGCAGCCUGGCAACAGCCAAUCACAGCGCAGCUCUGAGGCGCCUCAAAAGACCUGGAUUCUCUGCAUAGCAACGAGCCGGACCUGAAGAGGAGGAGCAGGAGGAGCAGGAGGAGCAGGAGGAGGAGGGGAGACCUUCAAGUUCUACUGAACCAGAACCAAAGCUCAAAUCGUUCUGGAUCAUUAUUUAAUAUUUGACUGACAACAACCAGAUUUAAUUAUUGAUUCAUCUUUUGAUCAUGAACGGAUUCUGUUGGUCACUAAAGUAACUAAAUCUAAUUAAUCCAUUAAACAAUUCAUUAAUAGUUUAAUAAUUCAAAAAACAUGAAAACAUUUCGAAUCAUUGUAAAUCUGCCGUUCGUCAUGACGACACUUUGUUUUUGUUUCUCUGUUUUUCAUGAUUCAUUUUGGUUUUAUGGGUCAAAAGGUCAGAGUUCAGCCUGUUAAAUAAUUAAUGAGCACAGCUGAGAUGAUUAAUUAUUCAUGGGGGCAGACCCCGCCACAGAUCUGAGAGACUUUAACAUUUAUUAAAUAUCUCAUUAUUAUUUAACACAAACAGCUUUUGAGCCUCGUUUAGCUGAUAGUUUCAGUUUGACAUCAUAACGAGCUUCAUGUCGCUGCAUGUGGAGCACAAAGCUGCGAUGUUCAGAUUUCUGAAUGAUAAUAUUAAAAUCUAUUUUAAAUAUGGAGACGAAAAGAUGGCUCACUGUAACCAAGAUAUAUUUAAACUCAACUUUGACCCCAAUAAACUGAAGUCGAGCUUCUUAUUUCAAAAUGUUGGACUGAAACUCUGAGACACAGCUCAGCCAAUCAUCAGCCGAGCUGUCAAACAUGGAGUCAAACUGGUCGAACCAGAAUCAGCUGAAUGAAAGAAUGUCGACACAAACACAGAGACACAGAGAUUACAGCCACAACGCUCACACAACGCUCACAGAACACUCACAGAACGCUCAGAGAACGCUCAGAGAACACCGGUCUGGUUUGAGGUUUCAGUGAAUCAGACAAACGUGGAGCAGCCGUGAGUAUCUGACUGUGUGAACGACUGAAACCAGAUCAUCUGACUCACUUUAAACGAGUCUGAGCAUGAGCUAAAGUUAGACCUGAGAGUAAACCAGGUUUAAAUGUUUGAAGCUGCAUUUCCUUCAUGUUGAACCGUUUGAAUUUCUUUUGGGGUUCAGGUCGUUGGUUUGAAAAUGUGACAUUGCAUUGUUUGAGUUCUGUGGACUGAUUUGCAGAUCAUUAGUGGCGAGCUCAUUAACUCUGACUGUUUAUCUGAGCUUCAUGAAAGUCCUCAAAGGCUGAAACAGAUGAGCCGCUCUGGGUUUCCCUCUGCAGUCAUUAAUGGACGCGUGUCCUGCUCUGAUGUGUCGCUGAAGUUACGUUACGUUGCGCCACGUUACGUAACAUUAUGUCACGUUACUUAUUUUAACAUCCAGCCGCCAUCUUUUCUCCAUGACCUCUUUAUCAGGGUCGCAGGUUGGAGCCGGUACAUACUGGACAAGUUGCCAAUUCCUCACAGGGCUGACACAUAGACAAUCAUCACAGUCACAUUCACAACUAUGGGCAAUUUAGAGUUGCCCAUAGGUGCCCAAUCUAUAACCUCUAAACCUGAACCCGAACACUAGGGGGAAUCGCACAGCAUCAUAAUUCGAAGCGCAGGGCCAAGCUGCAGUAUUUGGAGUGAGAAUGUGUUGCUACAAAAAUAAAAUGUUAUGUUAAUGUACAUCAUUAGGUGUUAACAUUUGACUUAAUUCUACAUUGAUCUGUUCAUCCAGGUACUCCAUGAAGUCUCCAACAAUGAAACGAUUCACUGCGUCUAACAGGAAAUAAAGAGAGGCAACAAAACGCUGCUGAAACACGUUGGACUGAACAAAAGACGGAAAAUGAGUCUCGCUGAGGAACCUUCACUGGAAAAUGACUGUCAGGAGCCUGAAAUACAAAGUGAAGACGACAAGACGAAUGAAUCUGAUGAAAAAGACCAAAAGGAUAAAAACAUGAGGAUGAAAGACCUUCUUAAGACAAACAGGACCAUAGGUCCACUAAGUCUUCUGAAGGAGGAAGUGCUGAAAGUCUUCAAGGACAAAGAGACAAAGAUGGACAACGAGGACCGCCCUUUGACCGCAAAUAAACCUGUGAGCAGCACACUGGAUCUUCUGAAGGAGGACUUCAGUCAGUUUAAAGAGGACGUAACCAGCGUCUUCAGCAACAACUCGUCAAAGGACAAAGAGAUGAAGUCAACAGAGAAGAUGAUCAACCCUCUGAGCGUUCUCAAAGAAGACUUCAAUCAUUUCAAAGACGUCUUCAGAAUUGGUCUUUCACAACAGAGAGACACUGCAAAGGAAAGCUCAACCAACACCUUCAAGAUAAAAGUCUUGAGAGCUGAAAGGACUGACCAACCCUUCAAGGGUCUGUUCAGAAGAGACCAAAAGAACAGUCAGACAGUCAAAGAGACAUUUCCAGAGACAAGAGAGGAACUAAUGGACGAUGGCUUUAGGGGAAACCUCUCUGAGGAGACGGACGAGACAGUCGAUGCAGACAACAUGAAAGACCAAGUGGAUGAACUGGAGGACCAUGAACUGGAUGGAUCUGAAGAGGAAACUCUUGAAAGUGAGGAACUGAUUCCUACAUCACAGGAAGAAGACGAGACGAUAAAUGGGGAAGAAGAAGAAGAAGAAUCAGAGGAGCCAUGUCUUCCUCGGCAGGCUCUGUCAUCUGGGAUCUGCCUCUUAAGUCUCAGAGACUCUAACGAAGACGACAUGAGGGAUCAGCAAGGAGAAGACUUGUGGUUGGUGAAAAACUAUGCCUGCUAUUUGACCUUUGACCCCAACACCGCCAACUCAGAGCUCCACCUGACCGACAGCAACAGGAAGGCGACUCGAGUGUGGUCAGAACACCGACCCCUGGACCACCCGGACCGGUUUGAGCGUUGUCCUCAGGUCCUGUGCAGGGAGGGCUUGCUGGACUCGGUGUACUGGGAAGUGGUGUGGAGCGGCGGCGCCGACAUCGGCAUCACAUACAACAGCAUUUCCAGAGACGGAGACACAAAGAGCUGUCUGCUGGGUCACAACGAGCGGUCCUGGAGUCUGGAGUGUUCAGAGGGAAGCUACACGCCCUGCCACAAUAACAAGAGGUUCAGGUCUUACUCACCCCAACCCUUCAGCCGCAGAGUUGGGGUUUACCUGGACUGGCCCAAAGGCUCUCUGUCCUUUUACUGCAUCUCUCAGGACACCAUGGUCCACCUUCACACCUUCACCUCCACUUUCACUGAGCCUCUGUACCCGGGUUUCUGGGUCUGGGCCUAUGAUGGCUCAGUGUCGCUGUGUCAGGUGGAGUUAGACUGGGAACGACUACUGCAGUGAACCACGCAGAGGAAGACUGGAGGGCAAGGCUCUCCUGAGAUACAUGUAAACACAAAGAAGGGGGAUCUGGGUAAUCAUAGGUUGCAAAGAAACACGAUGUUCACCUACGACCAACCUGGAUAAACAUGUUCACGCCUUCAGCUCCCAUCACACCAAAGAUCUCAGUGAAAUUCAUAUUUCUAAAGUAACGUUUGCUUUGUGUCGGCUGGUUUCUGUACACGAUGCAUCAUGACUCAUGAUCACUGCUGUAGACGAGCUGAAAACUAAAGACAAACCCACGUAAAGCAUCAAGUUUCCUCAGACCUACUUG